GCUCGAUUUUUUUGAAAUCUCAAUUCGGAAUGGAAAUUCUAAGCGAUGGUGGCCAAAAAUCCAUUCAAAAAGCCCCUAGAAAGGGCAUGUCAACUGGUGGAAAAAUCCUAAUCGCAGCCACAGGUGGUGUGGGGAUCGGACUAUCAAUUGUGUGCGCCUCGUUUGUAGCUCCUGCUUUCCGCAAGAUAUGCCUACCUUAUGUACCGGCGACCACAGAACAAAUGCAGAAUGUCCUUAGCUUUCUGCCAAAAAAUGCCACCGGCAAGCUGUUGGACAUUGGUUCGGGCGACGGUCGCAUCGUGCUUGCGGCGGCCCAGCAUACAAAGGGUCUGAAAACCGAUGGAGUGGAGCUGAAUCCCUGGCUUGUCUACUACUCGCGCUUGUCGGCGCUUCGUCACGGCGUGACCAGGCAGGCCAGCUUCUACCGUCGUGACCUGUGGAAGUUCAACAUCAAAGAUUACAACUUUGUUGUUAUAUUCGGUGUGGAGCAAAUGAUGAAGGACUUGGAGCACAAACUAAUCGCCGAGUGCCCGCACAAUACCAAGAUCAUCGCGUGCCGCUUUAAGCUGCCCAACCUGGAGCCGGAGCGCAUCAUUGAGGAUGGGGUGAACACGGUGUGGUUCUAUGACCUGAACAAGCAGACCCGACAAGUGAGCGGCAACAGUUGAGCAAUAAAGCUGCAUUUAUUAUUAAA